AUGUCUUCGCCUAUUCUGGGCGACAGCCCUUCUGUGUACGAUCAUCCUGAGAGGGAACAAAUCACCUCGAAACACAUGCCUCUCGAAAAGCACAAUACUAGUCUUCGGACGAACACUUCCACCGGUCCAAAUCCCAUCGCCCCUGGCGAUGAAGAUAGUGCAGGCCAUGUCGUUCGUGCUCAGUGCACUACCUGUCACCAUCAGUCUCCUAGGGGUGACUGUUGUAGCGAGAAAGGAUGGAAGUCUGAGUUCUUUCCAAACGGUGAAGACCCUGGGACUCGAACUGAAAUGAACAGUCCCACCCGCUAUGAAGAUUUUUCUUCAGCUCCCCAAUCCGAGUCCCUUCGAGGGCCUGGUCAUGGCACCAGACCAACUCGGAAGCCUCAGGGAAGGCGCAAUGCGAAGAAGUCAACUCAAUCUGCCAGGGAACCUGAAAGGUCAGGAAAGAUCCAGAAGAAACAGUCAGAGAGGCCGAGAAUGGAUGGCAACACCUCGAGAACUGCGUCGGGGCGGUCUGUUACACCUAGGAUACAGAAGGCGCUCCAGCUCUUCCGGGAACAACUGGGGCUUCUGGAAGAGCAGAACAAGAGGCGGUUGGACGCGAGCCAGGGAGAACCGUCCGAGAAGAGGAUCUAG